ACAUAGAAGAAAAAUGUAGACAUUUAGAUCUCAAUUGUGUGGGCCUAUGUAAGUAGGAAGCGGUGCCAUCAUUUUGUCCAGACAAAAGUUUUUGAAAGGCCAUUAGAGCUAUCGUGAGCCUUUACGCAACAUUUCUGUUUAAAGCCGAGCAUAUAUAUUCAUUGUUUUGUGUACCCGUUGAAAGCUAACGUUAGCACUGAUAUAUAUAGCAGAAAUUACACAUAUAUGAGCCAAUUCUUCUGUCGCUGGAAAAAACGAGCAUUCAUAGGUCGCACUCGACCAAUGACUGAAGUUAUUGAUGCAUACUUUUGAUCUAUUGUAAGUCGUUGUAUUUAAAAAUAUGCCAGUAUCGCUUUUACCGACACCUAUCCUUUAACCAUGAGCAUCGAUCCUGAUUUCUCUAUUGCCUAUAAAUUAAUACACUUAUACAGAUCUGUGUCUGCAUAUCCGUGUGUGUGCGUACUACGUAAAAGUUUACGAAGGCAGUGUAACGAACUUUUAUUGAAAGCAGAAUUAAGGCUAAAAAACAUCUGUGCGAGUAUAAUCACGUCUUAUCACGGCGUUUACAUGCAACAUUGUAAUAAAGAAAUCAUGGAAGGAAGAAGAAAAAGCGCGCCCAUUGGAGAACACCUUUCCGACAUCCUUUUCCAGCGACGGCACUUGUAGCGCCCUCUGGCAUGUGUCUCGCUAAACCCAAAGAAAAACACUAGAGGAUGAGGGUCCGUACGCCCUGAACAAGUUGAGCUUGUCGGUAGAUCCUCUUCGUGUCAGUGGAGUGGUGGGGAGGCCAGAUCGUUGACUGAGCCUGCGGAGUGCUGGAAGCAGAAGUGAGUGUUCUCUAUGUUAAGGUUCGGUGCAACCAGUGUCUAGCCUUAGUGAAAGUACUGCAAAUGGCUGUUGUUUGUGGCUAGAUUAUGACGAUGCUGGUGUGACCACAGUUGCUGCAACUUACUGGAUAUGCUUAAUGUCCGAUAAAGGCGCCCUCAUGUGAUAUGACCCCUAGCCCCCGCUGAGAAGGCCCUCUAGCGUCCAUUAGUAGGGCCUCUCCUCUGCUUUUAGCUAGCAUGGGACGGCCAAUUGAGGGCCGUGCGGCUGUACUCGUGUACGGGCUGGUGCUAGCUAUUCUACUUCUGGCCGCAGCCAAUCUUUGUGUAACGCUGCUGCUGUUUGGUGUGCUCCGUGUAGGUCCUGCCGGACUUAGCGGCCUCGAAUUUCUUCCGCACGAACAGCUCGUGUGGUUUCUGCACCGAACGGAUCUGCAGUCGAUCGUGGCACACAAGCCACACAUAAGCUCGUUCAAGGGGGAAGCUAUGAACAUAGUUGGGGAGAACAGUGACGUCGUGCUGAAUGCUGGUGCCGAGCUACGGGUUGGACCGCGGGCCACCCGCGUUAGUCGCGUCAAAGAAAUGCGUGUAGUGAGCCCUACUACGGGAAAGACCGUCUUCUCUACAGACUUUAAAGGGUUUACAAUACCCAAAGGAAUACCGAAUCUGAGUGUAAGUGAAGCACACGUGAAGCGCAUCAGAAGCGCAAUCAACGAUUCGCUUCUGAUUACCUCCGGUAAGCAGGUGUAUCUGAAAGGCAACGCUGGGGUCGAUAUUCGAUCACGGAAUGUUUCCAUUCGGGCUGGACAGGAUGUGCAUCUGAAGAGUGUUAAUGGACGUGUUGUGCUUGACGCCAAGGAGACGAUCUUCCGUUUGCGGGAUCUCCGCCCGCACGACGCCGGCCAAGCUAGUCAUCCACAAUAUCGAUUAUGCGUUUGUGCUGCGAAUGGCCGGGUUUUUCGUGUGGCCGUUAAGGAGCAGCGAUUUUCGUGCAACCAUGUGCGGUUCCCUGUUAGCGCGAACCCGUGCACGUAGUGACAUUUACCAUAUCUAGGACAAUGAGAACGAUGAUAAUAAGAUCCAUGUGUCUGGUACACGCGAAAAACAAAGGAAUACCAAUCCAAGUUACGGGCGUGCGAUCACUGUAGCAGGAUUUUGUAUCGAUUACCCGCCGGGUACAAAUCAUUAAAGAACAGAAGCGGAACGGUGGUGAACGUUAACGAUCCCAUACUAUACUAUACGCAUAAAUGCAUUAAGUGAGAUAACGUCUUAUGUUUAAAAUAGGUAUAUACUGUGAGGAACAAAGGAAAGUUAAUUAGGGAAAAAAGGAAAUGGUCCAUUUCGUUGAUGUAGCACUAAGCCGCUAUUGAUGAUAAUAGUAGCAGUAACAUCAUACUGAUGAUAAUCAAUAUCCUAUUUAUAUGGUUCGAGUUGUGGGAGGUGGCUAUGAAGAUUUUUGCGCAUAUACUUGUCCACCAUGUAUAGCCCUAAAACGGACAGACCAUGUUAACCUCGAGCAUUGUUUUGUCAGGACUGUACAUCAUGUGUACAAUAUUAAUUCAUAGAGAGGAGAAUCAGUAACAUCUUUGGACAAUGCGAUUCUUAGAAACCAUUGCUGUAGCAGGAUCUCUUUGCGUCUGUCGUUUGGCUUUUGUCUAUAAAACCGCACCUUUAGGCCUUUGGGGAACAAAAACGAAUCUCUUUUCAGCACAUGCUGAAAUUCAGUAAAGAAAGCCGUACAAACGGCGAGGGCAGUAAAUAUGCAGUACAUUGGCUUCCAAUCUAAAAGCCCGACUUACGUUUUUCUACUCAACGGGUCAAGUACAGAGGCACUUCUGUAGCAGAACUUCAAUAACGGACAACAAUAAGUCUCGAAUGCACAGAGAUCACGCUUUCAGUAUUGGGCUACAGAAAUGUAACGCAUAUAUAUAUAUAUAUAUAUAUAUAUAUAUAUAUAUAUAACUUCUACUGUGCCAAAGUUUUGGAGAAGCAGGAGUAUUUGAAGCAUUAGAUAAAAACUGCGGCCCAGUUUCCAUAUACUGUGUACUUGGAUUCGUUCAUUCUGUCUUCCAGGUCGUUAUCUUUCAAAGAGUUAUUAUGAGUUUCCCAUAGCGAAUAUGAGUAAAAGACAUUUACUCUUUGAUCUCCCACCAAUAGAUUAGUUAGCAAUCAAAACGAUGUUAGCUAUGUAUCGCUAGUGUCCAGUAGAAAUUUAUCUUUGGCUGUACUUAUUAUUGUAUAAUGAUAUUGGGGCAUUUUCCUAUUCAUAAGAUGCUUGUAAAGGUAAGCGAUGACGGCCUGGACGAACGCCUAUUGAACUAAAGGUGGUGCCAAAUAUUCGAACUUUUUUUAACAACAAGAGUUCCAUCAAUGCCAUAUGAUACCUUUGUAAAGUAUACGCAAGAUAUUAUACUUUAAGCUAACAGGGCCUAACAAGCAGCGAUAUAGUAAAUGUGGAUGUGGUUCAAUACAAUUAAUAAAUGAGGCCGAAAAAAAAAGGUAGAAAAAAGAACGGGAAAUGUUUUGUUUUAAAUAAAAAUGGAUUUCUACCCAAAAUUGCUAAGUGUCUUUGCGAGCACGAUUCGGGCGGAUGCUGCUGCUGCUGCUGCUGUCAGUAACAUUCUGCCAUUUUUGAUUGUAGUAAAUAUUUAAUUUCUCCUCGACAUCCACUACGCAUAAACACAUAACAGGCAAGCGAACGGAGGCACAUCAACACGCGCAAUUGCACACAGAGUCACAUGGCAGUCGGCUCGUAUGCUUCGUUCCGUAUUUUGCCACCGGAUAGUGGUUCACACAACACAGUGAUUCGAUCUGCAGCACCAAUAAAUCGACGUCUUUGGUAGUCUAAUGUUAGACCUUCUUCUUCCAGUGGUAGCAAUAGCAGUAAUGGCGGUCGAAGGCCACGGAUAUCCUUGCUAUCUUCUGGUCCUGUUUCCCCGUUCUGCCAUAGUCUGUCUGCCUGUGCGUGCAAAGAUCAAGUAUAAGGCCAACCGCAGGCACGAAAAAAAGAAGACGCAGUGCAGAGGUUUUAGUCACAUACGCACACACGUAUACAUAUAUCACUGAGCUGCAUAUCCUGCGCCAUGUUAACAUAAGCCGAUGAAACU